ACUAGAUAAACCAAACGAAGAUUAAAAGCCAAGAUAGGGAAAAUACGAUUGUGUGUCCAAAUGCAAAUAUGUUCUUUCUUUCUCUAGUUUGUUCGAUUUACAGCCUGUAGUUUGUUGCGUACAUCUGUCAGCUGAUCGUAGCAAACGCGACAAACGCUCUGGGGUUUCCCGACUCCAAAAUUGUUCUAGCAAAUAUUUGGCAAAAUGAAAAGCAUUUUAGCUUUCGGAAAUCCUUUGCUGGAUAUUACAAUUUACUCCUCCUGCCAAGUAGCACGAUUGCUAGACAAAUAUAACCUGCAAAUCGACAGCCAAAAAGAAAUAACUAAAGAGGAAAUGUGCAUGCUAAGCAAAGACAUCGAAGGCUCAGAUCAGCAGGUUACAGCUGGAGGAUGUUGUCAAAACUCUCUAAGGGUUUUGCAGUGGAUCAUGCACAAGCGGUGUAAUGUUGCUAUUUUUGGGUCCACAGGUCAAGAUCAGGAGGCUGAUAUUUUGCGAAAUAUACUUGAAUCAGAUGCUGUUUCGACCAGGUACAUUACCCAGGAAGGUUUACCAACUGGUAAAAUUGUAGCUUUGGUAAGUGGGCUCUAUCGAUCACUAGUGGCUCAUAUAGGGGCGGCUGAAGUUCUGCCACUGUCUUCUUUGCUUGCUCAUCCCCACUUCUUGAGCCUCUUCGACAACUCUGACAUCAUACUGAUCGAAGCCUACUUUCUGACCAAUCGGUUUGAAUGUGCACAGUAUCUUGUUAAGCGAUGCGCAGCAGAAGGAAAACUUCUAGCCUUUAAUCUGUGCGGUGCUUAUAUAUUUUCGAUUAUUCCAGAAUCGAUCAAAUAUCUAGUAGAUCAUUCGAAUGUGAUUUUUGGCAAUAAAGCGGAAUAUAUUGCUCUUUCGCAGCUGCUAAACUACAGCUCAAUCGAAGCAAUGGCUUUGGAACUAAUUGAAGAUAGUGCGCGAAGAAAUAUCGGGAAGACUUUUGUUAUCACUGAUGGUUCGCGACCAGUAAUUUGUUAUUCUAGUCAAGAGUCGAUUGAGAUGAAACCCCCCUCAAUAAAAGAAUCUGAAAUAAAAGAUACCACAGCGGCAGGAGAUGCAUUUAUUGGGGGCUUUCUGGCAGGCCUGGUCACAUCUAGCCCCAUUCGAAAGUGCAUAGAAAUUGGACUUUAUGCUGCUUCUAGCAUUAUUAAGGAAACCGGAUGCAGCUUACCUAAAUAUCGGGCGGAAAUUGGUCUUUAAGCUAUAGAUUAAGUAGUAUUUUAUGUUAUGUUCUUACAAUUUCCAAACUUUUCAACGUUUAGAAGUAGAAAAAGGGCUUAUGUAAAAUCUGCAGACUGCUGUAACGCACAUUAAAAGCAUUUGUUAUUUAGU